AUGACUGAAGAACCCCAGCUUGGUUCAAUCCAAGACCGGAUUGCUGCUCUGAAGCAAUCCCAGGCCGCUCGUCCAUCUGCUGAACCACCAUUAUUCCGCCCGGCCGCCGAUCGCAGCCAAUCUACCAACAAACCCCCGACUUAUAAUGGACAUGGCUCCGUUCUGGAUAGCGCCUCGAUUGGAAAUGAGCCUACGGGCCCUCAGACACAAUACCCUGUUGCACGUCAACCUCCCACGCCCUCAGCAAGACCAGAACUGAAACCUAAACCGAAGGUGCCUCCGCCGCUGCCAACCAGAAAGGACCGACAGCCUCCUCCCCCUCCUCCCACUCGCUCUGACCUUCCAGAGAGGCGACCCGCAUUGCCUCCGCGCAGGCCAACAGCAGAGCCCUCGCGGAGACCGUCGAGUGAGUCACUGACGUCUAAUGCGUCAUACUCGACUACAACGACGGCCCGCAGCCUAGGGCGCGGCGCAUCAUCUACAUCAGUGAAUUCUGUUGGUAGCAAUCGCAUCAAGGCGCCGGCCUGGGGAGAGACGAACUUGCCUGUACUUCCACCAAGACGAGUCAGAGAAGACCCUGUUGAUGUGGAGCCGCCUCCGGCCCCGCGCUCCGACUCUAAGUUCAGCGGAUUAACCAGCGGAUUAAGUUCGAAGUUGUCAUCCUUGCGAGGCAAGGGGCCCUCUCCCUCCGCACCUGAAAGACCGUCAAGACCUAGUCUGCCGACGCGCCCUUCAAAUAGAUCUGACAGAUCGCCUGCGCCACCACCUUUGCCUACCCGCCGACCCUCUGGACAAGAACCGCCGACAAAUGGAAUAAACGAAGCUGAUGAGGAGGAGCCACCGUCUCUGCCAGCAAGAAGGUUACCCCCGCCUUCUAAUGCCGUGGACCUGAAAACCCUCCGACAGGCUGGGUUCGGCGGACUAAAGGUCCCAAGUCUCCCUGUGAGGCCUAAUAGCAGUCCAGCAGAGACCCCCGCAUCUAAUCGGCCGCCUCCUCCUGUUCCACUUGGAUCUCGCCCGGACCUUUCCAAACUCCAGGCUACCAAGCCUCGGUUCAAUGACUCUGCUCCGGUCGCAGCACCAGCACCAGCUUCUACAACAGAGUGCCUAGUAUGUCGGGAUUUCUCUGGCCCAGACGCUCGAGGUGCACAGUACCCGCGUGAUUCUCUCCCAACUCACGACCUGGGCUGGUUAGCUAAUGAGCUUACUGCGCCAUUCCCCUCCCUGACCGAUAAAGCCAGGGCCAUUUUCACAUGGUUACACCAUAAUAUUGCCUACGAUACUGUUGCAUUUUACAAUGAUAAUGUAAAGCCUUCUACCCCACAAAACACACUUGCUACCGGAUUAGCAGUGUGCGAGGGAUACGCCGGAUUAUUUGCUACUCUAGCCAACAAGGCUGGUCUAGAAGCCGUUGUGGUUUCGAGCGCCCCGCCCUUUAAGGCGGGCCAUGCAUGGAAUGCAGUGAAAAUCGAUGGCGGACGUUGGAAGCUGAUCGAUCCCUGCUGGGGCGCGGGCUGCGUCAACGGCAAGGGGAUGCCAUAUGAAGCAAGAUUCAACCCAGCCAUGUUUUCCAUGUCCAACGACGAGUUCGGUCUCAAGCAUUUCCCACAAAACAGAGAACACUUCUACCGUGAUGACGGUCGUCCCAGUAUUCCUUGGGAGGAUUACAUCCUCACAAACCCCGACAUGCCGACUGGUCUAAAACCCAUUCAGAUCUACAGUGACGCCGAUAAGCACAGUAUCGGCCGUCGAACUCUGCAGCCAGCUGGCGGUGAGAUCUCUGUACACGGUACACAAAGCCCGCUUCGUUUCCAAUUCGGCUUACUAUGUGAGCACUGGACACUGGCGCGGCAUACGGGUGUAAAGCCUGCGCUGUUCCUCUUAAUGAUCAAGGGUGUUGAUGGACGCAAAGAUGACCAGCUUAUCUUGCGCCAUGUGCCUGGCUCCGGACCUGGUGGUGGCGGUGAAUUCUGGUAUGUGGAUGUUCCUGAUGUAAAAAUGCUCGGUGCUCCAGGUCAGAAGGUGUUGCUUGCUGUGUUGACCAAGUUUGGGGAUCGUACGGAUUGUCGCGGGAUUACAGCGGAGGAGUAUGAUGCUAAACGCGGGCGUGUCGCGAUGGCUUGGGCUUUUAUUGCACAGUGGGACUUGGCGAAGUAA